CCCCUGUUGAACUAGAAAGCCACAAAACUGACUGUUCAAGCAGCUGCUGCAUCCUAGGCAGAUGUUGAGAUGACAGCAGACCUGUGGACGUUGCCCUGAUCACAAAGGCACUUGACAUCUGGUUGUGAACCCAGCACAGAGAAGGCAUCAAGAAGCUGAUCUGGAGUCCGGAAUUUUAUGCUUCAACCCACUGACCCGCCCUCGUGGAAAACUCGAUCACUCUUGAGUUCUUUAAAGAGUAACAUUUCGGUGGUUAAAACAGUUCCCUGUUGAAAGGCCGUGCUCUUUGUUUCCUUCCACGUUGUCCUCAAAGGAUUAAAUUAGAGGUCCAAUGAUUCGAUAACCUUGGCGGGACUCUGGGAAAGUGGCUGUAAGCUACUGGGGGCUUGGAGGUCUGACACACCAGUUUGAGGGUCAAGCACAGGUGGGCUAUUGAAACCCACCUGAAGUUAGCACUUGAAGAGAUGAGACGAUAGCCCCUCUUCCAGGGUUGUUGAGUCUUCGACACUUCUGCCGAGCCUGGGUGGCAGGGAUUUUUUGAUGGGACCAAAAGUUUGAAGCAGCUAUCCAAGAGUAACAACAUGAGACUCAACUCUCUGAGCUAGAUGACUCCAUAAUACACAUACUUAGAGCAUUCAGCUCAGCUUCCACUUGUGGAUCCAUAUAUUGUUUGAGGUGGACUCUUCAUCUUCAAACGAUCCUCUUGCCUUUUAAUUUCUGAAUGUGACACAAGGCCAUUUAGUCAGGGGUAUCUCAAGCAUGGCAAUGGCUUUUACAUCUGCUAUGACACUUUCCAUGGACAUUCCUCCCAACAUGACCUACUAUGAGUAUCAAUAUUCAGAGGAGGAGGACUAUAGUCAAUUUUUGGUGUGCAGAAAAGAAAACGUUGUGUCGUUCGGCAAAGUGUUCCUGCCGGUGCUUUAUAGCUUGGUGUGUUUGCUUGGAUUAGUUGGGAACUUACUCCUAUUUAUCAUCCUCCUCAAGUACAUUAAGAAGAGGAGGAUGACGGAGGUGUACCUGAUAAAUCUGACCAUUUCGGACCUUCUCUUUGUGGCAACACUCCCUUUCUGGGCCACGCACACGGCUUCUGAAUGGGUGUUUGGAACGGUGUUGUGUAAGAUCAUUAGUACCAUCUACACCAUGAACUUCUACAGCGGCAUCUUCUUUGUGAGCUGCAUGAGUCUGGAUAUGUACUUGGAGAUUGUUCAUGCGUGGUCCAGUAGAAAUUCCAGGACAUCAGACAAGUGUUUCCUUGUCCCUUUAGUGGUGUGGAUUGCUUCCAUACUGCUGUCUGUUCCCGACGCUGUCUUUAUGCACGUGGAGAAGCUCCACGACGGGAAAUUGGUGUGCAACCACGACUACAGCCAGCACAGCUCCAUCUGGAAGAUUACCCUCCGAUUUCUGCAGAUCGUGCUGGGCUUUCUCGUCCCAUUCCUCUGCAUGCUUUUCUUUUAUAUACGCAUCACUUGUGUCCUCACCACGUAUAAGCCCCCUAGCAAAAAAAGAGCUCUCCAGCUUGUCAUUGUCCUGGUGACUGUUUUCUUUGUCCUGUGGUUCCCUUAUAACAUCACCCUGUUUCUUCACUCGCUGCAAGACCUUCAUGUGUUUAAGGACUGCGAAACCAGCCAGCACCUGGACUACGCUGUGCAAGUCACCGAGAGCCUCGCCUUUGUUCACAGCUGCCUCAAUCCUCUCCUGUAUGCCUUUGUGAACAAGCGGUUCAGGUUGUACUUAAAGAAGAUAUUGGGGGCAGUCUUCAGGAAGCAGAAAAUCCUCAUUUUCCAGCCCUCUGAGACGAGUCAGUUUUCUAGUAAGCGCACAGCCCAAAUAGAAAUGCUAAGCAUCACCAACCUGUCCUAAAUAUUAAGAUUUUAUCACUGCUUAUGCUUUAACAUCACAAAUUUUGCUGCUUUGGGGGGGGGGGUCAGGAAAGGUAAGGGAGAGGGGUUGGAGCACAAAGCUGGAAAUGAGGAAUAAUCCCAUCCCUGACAGUAGCUGUCUCAGUCACUGUGGGCAAACCACAACCAUUCCCUUUCUCUAAACUGAUGGGGAUGGGCAUCUGUUGUUGCAAUUCUCUCUGAAAUGUGCCCCUACAAUGGAGUAAUCCCAGGGAAAUUGGGGUGACUCUGAAUUCAUGUGAAAAUGUCUGAGAGCAAAACCCUGGGCAGUAACCACGAGCUCACUCCACAAUUGUAACCGUGAACUAUGUCACAUAUGCAAGGGGAUGAUUCAGGAGGAGCCCAGGAGAUGUGUAUCUGGUAGUUAAAUAUUAGAACAGGAGCAACAGCAUGUGCACACCCACACAGAUAUAUGAUUAUAUAAAAAUAUAUAUGCAUAAAAUGCAUACAUAUAUAUAGGAUUACAUAUCCAUAGAUACACAUACACAGCAUUAUAUAUGAAUACACACACAUAUAGGAAUUAUAUAUACAUACACACACAUCCACAUAGGAAGUGUAUAUAAAAACACACACACAUACACACGCAUAGGGAUUAUAUAUAAAACACAUACACAGGAAUUACAUAUAAAUACACACACAUACACAUAGGAAUUUAUAUAUAAAUAUACACACAUAUAGGAAUUAUAUAUGAAUAUAUACACACAUACAUAUAUGUGUGUAUUUAUACAUAAAUACACACAUACACAUAUUGGAAUUAUAUAUACAAUACACACAAACACACUCAGGUGUUGCAGAAAGUAAGAGCAAUAUCAAAAUAAAAGGAUUUUGUAUGCAAUGAAUGGGAAACUACCCAGCAAUGAGAAAUAAUGGGCAGCAUUGUCGAGCUUACCCAUCAUUUAUGACUCCAUAGAGAAGUGAUAUGGUCCUGUUAGUUUGCUCAUUGCAUGCAAACUGAUAUAAGUGUAAUUGCGUUACUGUUGGAAAUACCUGGGUGUGUUGCUCUGUAUUUAACCUGUUAAUAUCAAGUAAUUUUAUGAAGAGAUUUGCAAGGCAGGGCAGUACCAUUUCCCUGCGUUUUCCAGGUGGCCAAGCAGCAGGCCAGUGGCAGAGGAAGGUCUCUUGAGUUUCAGGCCAGAGGCCAGAGAGUCUGUGGAACAAGGGAAGGAGGAUUUGCAAAGACUCUUUGAACUGAGGAGGGGAUGGAAAGGAGGCACACAAAGAACCCUUGCAGUCGGGGGGCAGAGGCAGGUGAGGAGAUAGAGGGAUGCAAAGCGCCCCGACCUUGGCAAUGCACCCAUCCUGCAACCAUAACAUUCAACCCCCUACAGCAGCCGUCACGGCGAUCCACUCCCAGUUGGAUCUUAGGGGAGGAAGAGCUGUGGAGAAGGUGGGAUUGCUAUGUCCUGUGUCUGUCAUCAUUGUGUGUGCCUCAAUUGCUUUUUGCUGUUACCCACGGGGGUUGAAUCACGUGAAGAGAGGGAGCGAGAUGUGGCUGUCUGCACAUACUUGGGUGAAAGGUGCUGGUGGCACUGAGCAGGAUCCAAGAUGUCAGGAUCCCAGCCACUGACCUGUGGGCUUGAGGGCUACUAGAUCUGAAGCCACAGCAAGUGGAGUAGUAGACUAGGGGCCAGGCUCAAGCGAGGGGCUCUGCACCCAGCACCAGAGCAGCGGUGGCUUCACCUGGGAUACGUGGCAGUGCCUAGAGAGCCACACACUCCACAGGCACGAGAUGAACCUGUCUGCACCCUGGAUGCCCGGAGCUGAGAAAAUGAAAAGUGCUAACAGCGGGAAUAGGGGAAUGAUCUCUACCAUGCUGGCGGUGGAAAAAACAACUCUGGACUGUUGCCAAGGGACCUGUGUGGGGGGUGGUGGCACUUGCUGUUAUUUUGGCACUCAGAUAUUUUAUCUGUUGAAAAAUGAAUGCGUUUAACAAUGUGCUUUCCCUUUUAACCUAUAAUUAAUUCCUGCUUGGAUAACCCUGGAGUGUGGUGGGGAUGUGGCUCACUGCAUACAUGCAAAUGGUGUAAUUUAGCAUCCUUACCUGUCUGGGUAAUAUUUCAGAAAUGUAAAUAAAUGUUUCAGAAAUCGAA